AUGGCACGCAUGCACCGCUCCACCUCCGCAUGCGCGUCAGCAGCAGCAGCGGGAGCGGGCGAGUCGGGGGUGAUCGCAAGUACAGCGGCGCCCGAGCAGCAGCCGCCACAACAACAGCAGCACAAGCCCGCCGGUUCUAUAGACUGGGCUGCGAAGCGGCGGAAGCGGCUCGUGGAGGACCUGUCACAGGCGGGCCGGAAGAUGGGCGGCCGGUACUCGGACCCCUCAGCCAUCGAGGCUGGCAUCGAGGCCCUUGAGCUGCUGAUCCCCGGGUUUCAGAUCGACCUCGAACGCAUCAAAGCCUCGGAAUGGGUGCGAAUCGUCACUGACCCCAGCUCUGCGGCCAUCAAGCUGGUGGUGCUCAAGACGGCCUACCCUGGCGCUGACCUGGCGAAGAUCCUGCAGGAGAAGCCGGGCCUGCUGCUGCAGGACGUGUCGGUCCUGGAGUCCAACGCGCGGCAGGUGCACAGCCUGCUGGAGGGCGCCAGGGACAGAGACGCCCUGCUGACCGCGCUGCCGCUGCUGCUGGAGCCCCGCACCCUCAUCUCGGUCCUCAUCACUGUGGAGAAGUGGUAUUUCAAGAAAAAGGACCCCAUAGCCGUGCUGGAGGCCGACCCAGACCUCAUACGCCGCGCUGAGGCGUGCGACGUGCCCCUUGAGCCGGUGUACAUAAACGAGGACGGCAGCUGGAUGGCCCCCAGCCUCAACUAUAAGGAGAAGCGCACCGACUGGCAAGCCUACAUUGACCGCACGGUCUACAAGCAAAAGGACUGA